CUGUCAGAGGAGGGGUGGACGUGUGUCGGCUGUAACAGUUUUCUCAUCGCCCAGGUGAUCUUGGACACUGAGUGAGGCUAGGCAGUGUUGGGCUGAUGACUACUAAGCAAGCAUUAUCUUUGAGCUGAUUGGAUGCAUGUUGUGGACUCCCAUUGGCCACCGCUGAACUUUGACCUCUCCUGUCUCAACCCAUCCCGUCCUGUCCUACAGACAGACAGGCAGACAGUGAACCCAGAAACACACACCCUACUCUACUCCCCUAUCCUACCCCGAGUGCUGCACCCUCGUAUGCAGAGAGGAGGUAGUGGAAGGCACCCAGGGGGGGUCGGGGGGUAGAGAAGGGGCGCAGGACUCAGGCCUCAAGAGGUGUUCCUCUCACUCAGACCACCACUCCCCCUCCAAAAUGACCCAGAAUGCCCGAGAGAGCAUGGGGGUCCUGGGCCAGGGUCUGAAGCAGCUGUUCCAGCAGCAACGCAGACGCCUGUCCCUCUCUCGCUUUACCCUAGCCUCCUCCUCUUCCUCCUCUUCCUCCUCCUCUUCCUCAUCCUCUGUGAUCUCAAUGGGUGGCCCCUCUCGCUACCCUCCCGAGGACUACCUCACCCCCCUCCAAGCCCCCUUGGCCUGUCCUGACUCUGACCCCCCCUCUGGUGGUCUCCUUGCCCCCCCAGCUGGUCAGGGUGCCGGCCCUGUGGGCACGAUGAGGCGUGGGACUAUGCUGCAGAGCCAGCACCGUGGGGGGAACGGGACAGGGGCAGGGAGAGUAGACCAGGAUCCCCCUCUGAGAGGCAGCCCCCAGACCCCCCACCGCCACCCUACCUAUGAUGCACAGAAGCAUUCCGAACGCCUGCGCUCCUCCUCCACCACGGACAACACCACACGAAGUAGCCCCUCCCCUGGGUACAAUCCUGGAUAUGCAACGUCAGGCGACGUGGUGCUGUCGUCAGGAUACCAGUCCACGGAGGAGACAGACAAGAUGAACCAGCAUGGUCUAGAGCAGUUUGGAACAGAGAGUGUGUUUGCGUGUGUGUGCUUUUCUGUGAUUAUGCACAUGCAUAUUUCCUUUAGCGUGAAGUACAUUGUAGCGAUGUGUGUGUGUGUGUAUACUGGCUCUGGAUGUGUGUGUUCCUACUGAGAAGAGCUCCGUGCGUGGAGUGGAGUAGAGCACAUCGUCAGUCGCUCCGUCAGUCAGGAUGGUUCAGAGGUUUAGUCUACGCAGACAGUACUCCAAGAUUGAGCGGUUGGAGGUGAGUGGCUUAGCUCAGACCCCCCAGGCAGUGUCGUGUGGGGAGGAUGGGUCUUUCUCUGGGGGUGACGAUGGCACCCCGGACCCCCAGCGCACCAAGCAGGCCAUCGCCCAGCUGCAGCAGAAAAUCCUGAAGCUCACAGAGCAGAUCAAGAUUGAGCAGACGGCCAGAGACAACAACGUGGCCGAGUACCUCAAACUGGCCAACAACGCUGACAAGCAGCAGAGUGCCCGCAUCAAACAGGUGUUUGAGAAGAAAAACCAGAAGUCAGCCCAGACCAUCCAGCAGCUGCAGAGGAAGCUGGAACACUACCACCGCAAGCUGAGGGAGGUGGAGCACAACGGCAUCCCUCGCCAGUCCAAGGACGUCCUCAGGGACAUGCAGCAGGGCCUAAAGGGUGUGGGGGCAAAGGUCACAGGCUUCAGCGAAGGUGUGGUGGACAGCGUCAAGGGAGGCCUCACCAGCUUCUCCCAGGCCACGCACUCUGCUGCCGCCGGGGUCGUCUCCAAGCCCCGAGAGAUCGCCUCGCUGUUCCGCAACAAGUUUGGCAGCGCCGACAACAUCCCCGGGCUGAAGGACUCCUUGGAUGACCCGUCAUGUGUUGAGGAGGGUUUGAUGGGGGCCGGGCGGAGGUCUAUGGGCCUUGCAGGCCACCACCACCUGCAGUCCAGUCCCAAGUACGGUAGCGAGGAUGACUGCUCCAGCGCUACCUCAGGGUCGGCAGGGGCCAACAGCACGACUGGGGCGCCCGGAGGCCCCCCCAGCUCCAGGGGGAACACCCUGGAGAGGAGCCAGAGCUCCAGCCUGGACAUGCUGCUGCAGGAAGUGCAGGAGCUGAGGGAAGGCCAGGGGAGACUAGAGGAGAGUCUGGAGGUACUUAAGAGCCACUAUCAGAGGGACUACACUGUCAUCAUGCAGACCCUACAGGAGGAACGAUUCAGGUGUGAGCGUCUGGAGGAGCAGCUGAAUGAUCUGACAGAGCUUCAUCAGAAUGAGAUCCUAAACCUGAAGCAGGAGCUGGCCAGCAUGGAGGAGAAGAUAGCCUACCAGUCCUACGAGAGAGCCAGAGACUCACAGGAAGCCCUGGAGGCGUGUCAGACACGUAUCUCUAAGAUGGAGUUGCAGCAGCAACAGCAGCAGGUGGUCCAGCUAGAGGGCUUAGAGAAUGCCACGGCCCGGACACUGCUGGGGAAGCUCAUCAACGUCCUCCUGGCCCUCAUGGCCGUGCUCCUGGUGUUUGUCUCCACCAUAGCCAACUGUGUGAUCCCCCUGAUGAAGACCCGCUCCCGGUCCUUCUCCACGCUCCUCCUCAUCCUGCUCUUCGCCUUCAUCUGGAGGAACUGGGACGCGCUGUCGGGCUGCUGCACGCACCGUGCCCUGCAGCCACCCAGAUGACCGCGUGGAGAGGUGUGGUUCUAUGACUACGCAUGGGGGUGGAACUCUGUCCACACACAAGAAGCAGGAUCAGCCUAACUGCCAAUGGGAUGGGGUGGUUGUGUUGACGGACGCCGAGGAAUGAGCCUAUCUGUUGAGCUCAGUGAGGUGGGACUGAGGAGAAAGUCAGGGAAGGAGGGAAGAUGAGAAUACCACUCAAUUCUGACAUUCAUUUAGGAAGAAUGAGACUUUGUUUACAUUUUUGGAGAUCAGAAAUAGUUUUUUUUCUUUCACAGGAUGCAUCCUGAUACUGUUUUAUUUCCUAGGAGUUAAUCAAGUAUAUUAUUGUCGUUAUUAUUAUUUUCAUUUUCAUUUUUUUUAAAUUCAGUACCAUGUAGCGUUAGGCUCCUCCCACUCUGCACAAAGAGGAGCUGUCAGGAAACUGAUUGGAAGUUCACCUCAGGCUCAGGCCCUCUGCAGAGAAAUGCUAUUCUGAUUGUCUGCCUUUCAGGAAGAAAGUGAUCUACCUGGCUGUUAUGGGUAGAAUAUAAAAAGAUGAAUGAAUGCCCUCGCACUUUUCCCCACACGAUGGCUUGAUUCUGAGAUCAGAAGGAACCUUUCUACCGAGGACUUUUUGUUUCCCGGACAAUACUGUGAGUGUCACGCCUAGAGACUCCUCGUGCUUCCGUACAUCCUUUUCAAUUAAGAUAGGUGAUAUCAUGAAUGAUAAUGACUUCUAGAGUGUGGCAACAGCUUAGACAAGAGGGAGGGUUUAACAGUUAGGGCCAUUCGCCACAGAGCCACCAGAGACCAAAGGAUACAAAUAAGGCCACUUUGCAGGAAAUGUGGAGUUGCCAUGAUACUGCUUUUUACUGGUGCCCACCCAUUGUGUCAGCUGAAGUCCAUGUUGAAAAGGAAUGCUGCUUUUGCCAGACAAAGACAACUGUAUCCACUGCCAUGCUACUGUUGUUCGAUGUGCUGCCUAUAUUACGAAUGUGACUCACUCCAUCACUUACAGUUCUCUCUCUCCCUUUCACUCUCUUUUUAUCCCCAUGUUUCCUCCAAUAUUCAUUCUGUCCUAUGUGCCAAAACUCUCCCGUUGCACCUGGUUAAUAAAUAGGGAGGUUUUUAUGUUCUUUCUUUCUUUGGUAUGUAAAGAGAAAAGACCCAGCGCAGGUCAUAUAGCCUUGUGGGGAUGAGAGGCAAAAUGUAAAUUACACCCUAUUCCCUUUAUAGUGCACCACUUUCACUGUGUAUAAUAGAGAAUAAUGUGCCAUUUGUGAUACAAAACAUACAGUUCUCUUCGAUGAUCAGCCAAUUGUACAUACGGCCUACUUGUAUGUCUCACCUUGGAUUUGAGGUGUAUGACAAAUAAUAUUAGCCUGGUUCCCAGAUCUGUUUGUGCUUUAUUAGCCAACUCCUCUGAUUCUUGGUCAUGACAUUGCAGAAUAAUUGACUAAACAAAGCACACACUGAUAUGGAACCAGGCUAACAGAAUAUACCUUAACAAGGCCACUUCUGAGUAAUUGCUCUGAGAAACUCACUGCUAAUGAUCUGAUGUGUGUUUCCUAAUCCGGGUCCUUGAUUACUGUUGAAUAUGCUGGCUCUCAAUCCAUUUUAUCCUCCCAUUCAUCUGUUCAAGGUCCUUCAGUUCAAGGUCCUUCGACCUAGCUGACAUGAAUGAGUCCAUCUGAAGUCCAUUCUGCAGCUCCAUUAGGAGCUUGUUUGAAGAUAAUAACUGAUAUUGGGAAUUGCGUUCUGGGACAAGGAUGGAGGAACACUACAUUUCUUCCUAUACAUAGCCCUCUCUGGCGGCUUAGGUCUAUGUUCAGGAUCAUUGAAACAUAUUUAAACCAGAAACUGCACUGAAUUUGUGUCUUGAUCUUGUGUCUUGAUCUUGAACGUGCCACAGGUGAAUGGCUCCUGAGUUUACUUCUGACUUUGGUGUGACCUUGCCGUGUCCUCUCUGGUGUUUGGUAGGGUAGGGUUGUGUGCUAAACCACUCGAGUGCCUUCUGAUGUCCUUUUCUAAGUGUGGGACAAUAAAAGUGCAUUCCUGAUUAACUCCUGGCA